CUCCUCGGCUUCCGUAGCGGCGCUGAAGAGGAGCGUGUGCGCGCUGUUGGCAGAAUUCAGUGACACGGAGCCACGGCAGAGAGCGGAGCUUGAUCGGAAUCGCCGCCGCCAUGAGCCGAAGCUACAACGAUGAGCUGCAGUACCUGGACAAGCUGGACAAGCACUGCUGGCGUAUCAAGAAGGGCUUCGUGCCCAACAUGAACGUGAGUGGGUCGGAGGACGGGGGUGUGUGGACAGGCACGUAGGGGCGUGUUCAGUCUGAGCCGGUGCUUAGCCCCCCCCCCCCGGCUCGCUUUUAUUGCUUAAAUGAAGUAAUUAAGACUUCCCCUACGCAUGUGCAGAGUGCCGCUGCCUCAAGAUUUAAGCACCGCAUUGCCAACUGCUUUCCGUACCUGGUUGGGCGGGGAUGCCUUCUGACGUACAUCAUCCUUCAGUACAUUUAGUGUCAAAUCCCGGUUUGAAGUUAGUUUAUGCCACAUUCGGAUUAUUAGUACUGUAGCAUUAUGAUUGCGCUACUUAUGCAUGUAGAGCGUUAAAGCAUAAGUCUGACACUGCUGAAACCUUUCUCUAGUGAGUUGAAUGUGGUAUUCAACCGGUUUUAAAACUGCUUUAAAGUAAAAUUUUAUAUGCAUGAUAAAAUCUUUUUUUAAAAAAUGCCUCCUGAAGCAGGUUUCCAUCACUGCUGGGUGUUGCUGUAUUCUUGCCGUUGUCUGGGUUGCUUCUGUGGCCUAGAGCUAAGAUACAGACUUUCCCAGAUUGCCCCAUAAGAAGGAAACUGUAUUUUAGAAAUGUUUAGGGCUUCAGGUACUUCUGAGAAGCUACCUCUCAUUUUGUCACAACUAGAUGAGAGUCUCUAGGACUGCUCAAGGAAGUUCUCACUUUUGAUCUCUAACUGAAGAUUGCUAACUACAGCAUUGGUGUCAUUCAUGGGUCAGAAGAUACAUUUUGUUCCAUGAUUCAAGAUAUGUGAAAUUCUUACUGAAACUCAACAGCUUCUGUAACAAGUAUUCAGCCAAGCUUAUUAUAUUCCAAGUUUUAGUCCAUCUAAACCUUUACUAGAAGUGUCUAAAGUUUCCCUAAUUGUGGCUAAGCCUUGUAGCCUGCUUAGAUGCAGCUACAUUCCAGCUUCUGCUUGAAUGGUAAAUCUUUGUCACUGGCCUUAUGUAAGAACUGAUGCAUUUUGUUUCCCUUUUUCCUCAUUCUUCCGUCUGUAGGUGGAAGGUGUCUUCUACGUGAAUGAUCCUUUAGAGAAGUUAAUGUUUGAAGAGUUAAGAAAUUCAUGCAGAGGUGGAGGUUAGUAUGUGUUGUUGUCACCCAAUCUCACUGGUUUGUUGUGUGUGGAAUGCCAGGUCCAGAUUCACUUUUGAUGAAUCCAGAAUUCACAUAGAUUCAACCAAUGCAUUUAGAGUUUAGGACUGCCUAUAUGUUCAGGCACCAUAGAGUGAUUCUUAAUUGAUGAAAAAUAUUAUAAGCCUUCAUGAAAAUGUUCCCUCUAUAAUUAAUCUGCCACUUGUCAAACUAUGGUGAAACACAACUUAUUUUAAGACUUAGGCUUCAUUUAGAAGUAGAACAUGCUGCAUAAUUUUGCUUGCUUAAUUUAAGCUAGUACUUUCUGGUCUGUCAAAAGGCAUCUUAACUGCACUGAAAUGAAACCAAAUACCCCUUAAUCUUGGCUUUGAAACAUCUGUGUUCUUGGUCACAGCUUGUCUUAUGCCACCUCUAAGUAGAUGUGCUUCACAGUGAAGUUUUCACCUGUGUAACAUGGUCAUGCAAAUUUAAAGGAAAGUCGAUGUAAUGGUGUGAUGUCAUCAACCACAAAUUUGCAAGAAAGGAGGAUGAUUGUGCUUCUCAUCAUCCAUCUUUUUUAGGAGCUGGUGGCUUCCUCCCAGCCAUGAAACAAAUCGGAAAUGUAGCUGCACUGCCUGGCAUUGUUCAUGUGAGUGAUUUUAAAGAGUUGUUCUUAUAUCCUGUUGACCCAUUGUUUCAAAAUAGAAGCCCCAUAUGCAUUGUCAGUAUUUGUAGCAUUCAGCCUUCAUUAAAUUGACCCAUCACAACAAUUUCCUGACAUUUAAACACCAGCAACCCCAGGCAAGAUGACAGUUGUUUACAUUCACCACUUACUUUUGAAGGGGGCCUACAUGCAACUUAUUCUGGCCAAUUUCUACAUUUGUGAGCUGCCCUUCAUGAAUCUGCUGAGUUUUUGGCUAGGAUCAAAGGAUUUUUUUAAAGAAAUGCCCAUUUUGCAGUGACUGUGUGGCAGGGCAAGUAGAAGUUGAGUCCAUGCAGUUAUAGAAUCCUCAUUUGUUCACAUGACUGAUUGCCUUUCUUUUGUUGAUUUUUAAAAUGAAUUUCAGAGAUCUAUAGGACUUCCAGAUGUCCACUCAGGCUAUGGGUUUGCCAUUGGUAACAUGGCUGCCUUUGAUAUGAAUGACCCAGAAGCAGUGGUAUCACCAGGUAUGAGCAGUUUGAAUGUGAUGUUCUCUGUGCAGGGAGAGAACCCUUAUUCUGCAGAUCUGUGCAAUGUAUUGAAGCCAGAUGGGAAAACAAAAUGUGUUUCACAGUACAGUCGUACCUCUGCUUACGUAUCCUUCCACUUACGUAAACUUCGGGAUACGUAAGCAGCAUACGUAAGUCACGCAUUCGCAGAAGCGGUCUAUUGCCGCAUGCGCAUGCAGAAGCGGUCCCUCCGGUUGCGGAAACCUCGGGAUCCGAUGGGAGCUCCAGAACAGAUCCCGUCCACAACCGGAGGGUACCACUGUACUCAUUCAGAUGGAGGUACAUUGCAGAUGAAUAUGUAAAUUGUCAAUUAACCUACAGUUAUUGUCUCACUGGACUCUCUGAAAUCCAAGCCUAGGACACUAUUAACUGUAAUGUAAUGUAGCAAUUAAGUCAUCAACCCUGAAGCAAACUUAAAACAAAUACAAUUUAAGAAUGCUUGUUUUGGAGUAAGAAGGGUAUAUUUGUUUUUAAUAAUAAAAUAACCCUUAUGAAUUCUGCAUAUUCAGGCUCCUUGAGCAGAAGUUCCAUGAAGUGCUAUCUUUUUGUAAUUUGUGCCUUCCAAACCAGUGCAGAUAAGUUGUGUUCCUUCUGACUAACAAAAUUGAGGGGUUGAUGUUUUUACUUGUCCCACGUCAGGGGACAUUUGCUGAAAAAUAUUUAACUAUAACUUCUCUUGAAGAACAUUUGAUUGUGGUAAUGAGUCAGUUCUGCAAUUGUAUGUAUGAAUUUUGAAGGGUGCAUUUGUAUUUAUUUUACUCAUGCAGGUGGUGUCGGAUUCGACAUUAACUGUGGCGUACGGCUCUUGCGCACCAAUCUUGAUGAGAGUGAUGUCCAACCUGUGAAGGAGCAGCUUGCUCAGGCCAUGUUUGACCACAUUCCUGUUGGUGUGGGGUCAAAGGGUGUCAUUCCUAUGAACGCCAAGUAAGUGUUAACUAUCCUUUCUCCAGCAGCAUCUCCUUACUGGAAGGGUGUCUUCCCUCCACCCUUGUCUUUUUGUGUGGGAAGCAAUGUAUAAAUUUAAUAAGCCCUAACUGUACCUUAACAGUAAGGUAUCUAGCCAUGUUGUAGUAGGAAAUAAAGAGCCAUGAGACUUCCGGAGGCGGCGCCAACAGUAAUGGCGAUCUCCUCAUAACUCUUGAGGAGAGGCUCCGCGGAAACUGGGUCGAUCCGCUACGGCGCAGCGGAGACCCUUCCGAAACCCGCAGGCGGAGGAAGCCUGCGGUCGUGGGACUCGGCGGGUGCCUGGAGCGCGCCCUAAACGGCAAAGGAACCCCGCGAGGGGCUCCGAAGCAGGACGGGGGUAGCGCGGCACUGUGAGUCGUCUGCUACUUUCGCGGAGUGAAGCCGUGCAGCUGUUGCUGGAGAGCGCUGACCUUUCUUCCUUGACAAUUCGGCUGUCAAAAGUACAACCCGUGAGUAGGUUUCACGCUAUAAGGAUUAACAAAAAUUUUUGAACUUAUUCGGCUGAAGCGGGAAUGGUGCAAAAAGGAAGUCCACCUCCCGGUUUGCACAGAGAAUAAAGCAAAGACUGUGUGAGUUCGAUACCAAUGAAUGCCAAAAGAGACUGAAACACAGACGUCUAAUGUAAAAUUUCCCCCCCCAUAAUUGGACUAGGGGGGGAAGAAGAGAUAGUAUUUCUUGUUAUUUCCUGUUAUUUUUGAGUAAUUUAAAGAGCAAAUAAGAAAAUAAAAGACCACCUCUCAAUCCCUGGGGACAGACUGCCAGGUUUUGGAAAGAUUGGACACUUUGUUAGCACUCUAAAUGGACAAUGUAUCUUUUUGCCUUUUAACUUUACAAAAUUGAAACUUUGGGACAGUUUUACAACUUUGGGAAAAAGUUGCCUCUUUGGCUGUUUGAGAGUCUUUAUUCUUGAUACUUUAUUACUUGUGUCCCCUGGAGGCCAAAAGGGAAAAAGUCUUUAAUUGACUGAGGAAUUUUCCACCUAACAGCAGCCUGGGAAAGUACAAUAACAAAACAAUUUUGACUGUGAGAGUGACCUUGACUUUUAGAUAAAGUGCCAUGGAAGGAAGAGAUCUGAGGUCUGGGAAAGGCAGGCAGCAGAGCAACAUUGCACAACAGCAACAGCGUAGGCAAUCCAUCGCUGGACCACAAGGGGAGGAAGAAGGAUUGGCCAGUUUAUUUAAAAUUGUGAAUGAAGGUUUUGAAAAAUUGGGUCAACAAAAUGCCGAGGCUCUAGAAGCCAUUAGACAAAACUCUGCAAGUAUUGACAAGUUGACCCGACAGACUAAUGAAAAUACAGAUGUGAUUAAAAACUACUGGAACAAUCUGCUGAAACCCAAAAACAGCUUUGGAAGCCAGAGAAAAGGCGGUAGCUGCUGAAGAAAAACUACCACCUUUAAUUAAACAAGUUCAAGAGCACCACAUAAGAUUGGGAACGCACCAGGAAUUGUUAUCUCUUCUUGAGUUAAAGGAGAAACAGACCAACUUAAGGAUCAGAGCAGUACCUGAGAUUGAAAAAGAGAGCCUGGCAGACUUUCUGACGCAAGAAUUUGCCAACUUUUGGCAAUUGAAUGAUAAGGAAGAUUUCAAGAUAACGUCUGCUUUUAGGCUCGGAAGAAGAGCAAGGAAAAAUAGAGUGAGAGACUGCCUGAUUACCCUGCGAUCAAAAGAGGAACGAGAUAAAAUUUUGAGCCUACAUUAUCAAAAUACACUGACAAUACAAGACUCAAGGAUAGAAAUAUUUAAAGACAUUCCAAAGCUUCUUUUGGAGCUUAGGUCUAACUAUCGAGACCUGGUGACGUUGCUGAGAGGAAACAGAAUUUUUUCAGGUGGGAGUUCCCUCAAGGCCUAUCUUUCAGUUUUAGAGGCAAAAAAUUAAAAUUAAAUCUGUGGAGGAGAAACAGAACUUUUGAGAGACUACCAAGAGGACCUACAAAAAGGAUUGGAGCCAGAAGCCCCUUUAACAGGAUUGGAUCUUACAUUACCACCGUUGGGAGAGGAUAAGACAGAGAAGCCGAAACCACCAACAGAGGAAGAAGAGUUAUUGGGAGCAGUUGGAGGGAAAUAAAGAAAUCAUCAUGGCUCUGCAACUUUUAACUUGGAAUGUUUGUGGUCUGAAUUCUCCGGAAAAAGAAGGAAAGUAUUUCAUAUACUUAAAAAAGAACAAUUGGACUUAAUUUGCUUACAGGAAACCCAUGUGACGAGGCUCCAUAGGAAAAUAUUGAUCAAUAAGAGACUGGGCCAAGAAUUUAUCUCAUCAGACAAAGUUAAAAAACGAGGAGUGGUAAUUUACGCAAAGGAGAGCCUCUCACCAAAAUUUGUCUUUAAGGAUGAACAAGGAAGAUUCAUAGCAAUUGAAAUUCAAGUACAAGGAGAAAAAUUUUUGAUAGUAGGUGUAUAUGCACCAAAUGAGGGGAAAUCUAUAUUCUACAAAAAGUUGCAUGAGACCUUGAUGGACUAUAUGGACUAUAAUACUGUUUUCAUGGGAGAUAUGAAUGGGGUGGUUUCUACAAAUAUGGACAAGUCACAAAGAGAGGUAGUUACUAAAGAUGGUAGACUACCGAAAACAUUUUUGAACUAACUGACAAUAUGGAUUUGAUUGACAUUUGGAGAACUAAGAACCCCCUUGAUAGAGAAGGAACCUUUUUUUCUGAAGCCCAGAAGACAUGGACAAGAAUUGACCAAAUCUGGACUACUAGAGGACUGGCACCCAAGGUUAAGAAGGUAGAGAUCUGCCCAAAAACAUGCUCCGACCAUAACGCCGUGAGAAUGGAGAUGAAGUUAACACCUAUUGGUUCCUUCCGAUGGAGGAUGAAUGACACCUUGUUUAGAGAUCAAGAGGUGAUUAAGAAGGCCCAAAAGACAUUGAGGGACUAUUUUGAGAUAAACUUGAAUACAACUGUAGAAAAAGAGUAAUCUGGGAUGCAAGCAAAGCUGUUAUGAGGGGCUUCCUGAUUCAACAGAAUUCAAUUAAGAAGAAGGCCCAAAACGUAAAGAAAGAAAAAAUUUUGGAAAAAAUAAAGGAGGGCGAGAAGAAAUUGAGAGUGAAGCCCAAUUCACAAGAGAUUCUGAGGGAAAUAAAAUUGUACCAAGUGCAAUAUAUGAAAUUGAUAAAUCAAGAAGUGGAAUGGAAAAUUAAGCAAAUGAGACAAAAGACUUUUGAAUCGGCAAAUAAAUGUGGGAAACUGCUGGCCUGGCAGUUGAAGAAGCGACAAAAACUUAAUACUAUUACUAAUUUGGAAGUGGAAGGGAAAAAUAUCCAGAAUCCAGAAGAAAUUAGGAAAUGCUUCCAGAGAUAUUUUAAACGACUAUACACACAAGGGCCUCAGAAAGAAUUCGAGAUAGAGCAAUUUUUGAAAACCAAUGGAUUACAAAAAAUUUCUCAGGACAACAAGAUAUUGUUGAACUAUAAAAUCACAGAACAGGAGGUUGAAGGUGCCAUUCAGAAUAUGCAGUUGGGAAAAUCUCCAGGACCGGAUGGUUUAACCUCAAAAUAUUACAGAACUUUGAAAGACUGGUUAAUUCGACCUUUAACUGAGGUUUGUAAUGAAAUCUUAGAGGGGAAAAGAGCGCCAGAGUCGUGGAAAGACGCAUUUAUUACACUUAUACCAAAGGCCGAGACUGAAAAGACACAGCUUAAGAACUACCGGCCCAUAUCCCUGUUAAAUGUGGAUUACAAAAUUUUUGCUGACAUUUUAGCAAAAAGGCUUUAAAAAGUGCUAAAAGGAGUGAUUCACAAGGACCAAGCUGGCUUUCUUCCAGAUAGACAUCUCUCGGACAACACAAGGAACAUAAUUGAUAUUCUGGAGAAGCUGCAAGAGGAGAUCAAUACUAAAGCAGUUUUGAUUUUUGUGGAUGCAGAGAAAGCCUUUGACAAUAUUUCUUGGAGUUUUAUGAAAAAAAUCUUCAGGGGAUGGGGGUAGGCCAAGAGUUUGAAAAUGGUAUAAAUGCAAUUUACUCAGAACAAAAAGCUAAAUUAAUAGUUAAUAAUGUGAUAACAGAGGAAAUUAAGAUAGAGAAAGGGACACGACAAGGCUGCCCAAUUUCCCCAUUACUUUUUAUUUCUGUUCUGGAGGUUUUGUUAAAUAUGAUAAGAAGGGACCAUCUGAUUAAGGGCAUAACGGUCGGAGCGAAACAAUAUAAAUUGAAAGCAUUUGCAGAUGACCUUGUAUUGACAUUACAGGAGCCAGAAUCUAGUACGAAAAGAGCAUUAGAACUGAUUCAAGAGUUUGGUCAGGUGGCAGGUUUUAAGUUGAAUAAGCUUAAAACUAAAGUACUUGAGAAGAAUUUAACACCGAUUGAAAAAGAGAGGUUUCAGAAUGAGACAGGUUUAACAGUGGUAAAAAAAGUGAAAUAUCUGGGGAUUCAUAUGACAGCUAAAAACGGGAAUUUAUUUAAAGACAAUUAUGAAAAAUGUUGGUCGGACAUUAAAAAGGAUUUAGAAAUAUGGACAAAUUUGAAGCUUUCCUUGUUAGGGCGAAUUGCUGUCAUCAAGAUGAAUGUAUUGCCAAGAAUGUUGUUUUUGUUUCAAUCGAUACAAAUAAUAGACAAAAUGGACUGUUUUAAGAAGUGGCAGAGAGAUAUUUCUAAGUUUGUCUGGCAGGGCAAGAGGCCUAGGAUAAAAUUUAAAAUAUUGACUGAUGCUAAAGAAAGAGGGGAUUUGCCCUGCCAGACUUUAAACUUUAUUAUGAAUCAGCAGCUUUCUGCUGGUUGAAGGAUUGGCUACUUCUGGAAAAUACUGAUGUAUUGGACUUAGAAGGUUUCAAUAAUGUGUUUGGGUGGCAUGCAUAUCUGUGGUAUGACAAGGUUAAAGCUCACAAAAUGUUUAAAAACCAUAUUGUCAGGAAAGCAUUGUUCAAUGUCUGGAUAAGAUACAAAGACUUAUUGGAGAAUAAAACCCCAAGGUGGCUAUCACCAAUGGAGGCAAAGGCCCUAAAAAGUCCAAUAUGGAGGCCAAAUGGCCAAAAUAUUGGGAGAUCUUGGAACAAGAAGGAGACAAAUUCAAACUGCAGAGUUUUGAAAAAUUAAAAGAUAGAGUGCGAGACUGGUUGCAUUAUUACCAAAUAAGAGAGGUCUAUAAUUUGGAUAGAAAAAUUGGCUUCCAGGUGGAAAAAUCAAAGUUGGAAACAGAAUUGCUAGAUUCCAAAACUAAAACACUUUCAAGAAUGUAUAACUUGCUGCUAAAAUGGAAUACUCAGGAUGAAACGGUAAAAUCUGCUAUGAUUAAAUGGGCACAGGAUAUUGGACAUAAUAUUAUGUUUGCUGACUGGGAACGGUUAUGGACCACAGGUAUGAAGUUCACAGCAUGUAAUGCUUUAAAAGAGAAUAUUAUGAAAAUGGUGUACAGGUGGUACAUGACUCCAGUCAAGCUUGCAAAAAUCUACCAUUUGCCCGAUAAUAAAUGUUGGAAAUGUAAGGAAACUGAAGGUACAUUCUUUCACAUUUGGUGGACGUGCCCAAAGAUUAAGGCCUUCUGGGAAAGGAUAUAUAAUGAGUUAAAAAAGGUAUUUAAGUAUACCUUUCUAAAGAAACCAGAAGCCUUUCUCUUGGGCAUUGUUGGCCAAUUGGUGCUAAAGAAAGACAGAACUUUUUUAUGUAUGCAACAGCAGCAGCAAGAAUACUCAUCGCAAAGUAUUGGAAGACACAAGAUUUACCCACUCUGGAAGAAUGGCAGAUGAAGGUAAUCGAAUAUAUGGAACUGGCGGAGAUGACUGGCAGAAUCCGUGACCAGGGAGAAGAGUCGGUGGAAGAAGAUUGGAAGAAAUUUAAAGUCUAUCUACAGAAAUACUAUAAAAUUAAUGAAUGUUAAAUUGAAGUCUGAUUGAAAAUAACUGGUAUUGGCAAAAGCUUUGUGAUUAAGAGUAUGGAAUAUUUGAUGGAUAAGGUUGUAAAAAUAUUUAUAUAUAAAUAGAUUAAGUUUUUGAGUUAAGAUAAUGAAAGGAGGGUAAGGAUUUGCUGAAAGGAGUUUUUAAAUGGAAGUGCAAGCGGGGAGAUGCGGGGAAGUCAAAGAACUAGGUAAAGAUAAGAAGGCUAAAUGAAAGUAUAAAUAUCUUUUAAAUUUUUCUGCUUCUUUUUCUUUGUUUUCUUUUUUUUUUUCCUUUCUUGUUAUGGAUAUUGUCAUUUCUGUUUGUUUUCUGUCAUGGUUAUUGUUGUUCUUUGUUUGUUGAAUUUUUGUAAUUCUGUAUUUUUUGGAAUUUUUUCUUGUAAAACCAAUAAAUAUCUUAUAAAAAAAAAAAAAGGAAAUAAAGAGCCAUGUGUCAUUGUUAAUUCAGUCCUGUAUUUUUUUAAUUGUUUUUUUAAAAAAAAAAAUAGCACCCCUUAACCAAAAUCGCAAUGUAUGUAGCGAAAAUACACAGUAAGAGUCCACAAUCAGCAGUCUGAAAUGAUUUAACUGAGAGCAACAAAAAAAAUCUGGAUAUCUACAAAAGUUCAGGAUUGUUUUUCUUAUGUAAUCAGUACAACAAUAGCAAUCAGUUGUGUCAAUUACUAGAAGUCAAUCUCUCUGUGUUGCCCAGGGAUUUAGAGGAGGCUCUGGAGAUGGGGGUAGAUUGGUCCCUCCGAGAAGGCUAUGCCUGGGCUGAGGAUAAAGAGCACUGUGAAGAAUAUGGGAGGAUGCUGCAAGCUGAUCCAAAUAAAGUCUCUGCGAGGGCUAAGAAAAGGGGCUUGCCCCAGGUAAUUGGUUUUCUGAGAUGAUGUUGCAUUAUUACUUAGAACUUCAUGCUAACUUCUUGGGUACAUUUCAGCAGAGUGAGAAUAUAAGUCUUGAUGAGAGGAUUAUUAUUAUUGCUAUUGCUAUCCCAGUCACAAUAUCCCAGUAUCCCACAGGGGGUUACAGCAACUAAGACACAAUAUUAAAAACAGUUUAAAACAACUUACACUGACUAAAGGUGCUGGACUUGCUGGUAGCCAGGGAAGGCAGAAUCUAUGUUCAAGUAUCAUUCAAUUCUGAGUAAGCUCAAGGAAUUUCCUGAAAACCAAUGUCUUGGCAUGCUGCUUUGUUAGGACAAGGAUGAGAAACCUAUGCUGCUCCAGAUCCUGUUGAACUCUAAUUCCCUUCAUCCCUGGCCAUGCUGGCUAGAGCUGAUGGGAGUUAAGAGUCCCACAAUAAUCUGAAGGCAAUAAGUUCCUCAUCUUAGAGCUGCCAUGUAAAAAAAAAAUGGUCAAUUUUUGCAUUGUCCAAUAUAUGAUUAACUUAUGAAACAAACAGCAACAAGAAAUAUCAAGUAGGAGGAUAAUAGCUAAAAAUUGAAGCCUCCAUGUACAGAUACAGUAACCCUUCCUCAGCAUCUGAUCAAUGGAGGUCAUGGCAUCAAUGUCCUGGGUUUGAGCUUUGCAGAGGUGUCUGGCUGCAGAUGAAGAUACGCACUGGGCCUUGACUACAUGGGCUUUCUAGUGUGAACACAACAAGGAAGUUUAUAUUCUCACAGUUCUAAACUGAGGCAAAUAGUGUACAGUUCAGUUAACUGUAACACUCAGGUUGAUUUCAGGCUUAUAGCUGACACCUUUGCUCUCAGCAGUAUCUCUUCCUCUAGUGAGAUGCCACAUGGCAUCAAAGACUGGCAAGCCAUUGCCUCAACCUUUCUAAGGGAAACCAGUUGUCUUCCAUUUUGCUUCUCAUUUCACUAUCUGCUCAAAUCAUAGCUAAGCUUUCUUGUUUUAUUCGACAGCUGGGGACUUUGGGAGCAGGAAACCAUUAUGCUGAGAUCCAGGUUGUAGAUGAAAUUUUUAACGAAUAUGCUGCCAAGAAGAUGGGCAUAGACCACAAGGGCCAAGUUUGUGUGAUGAUCCACAGUGGCAGCAGAGGCCUUGGCCACCAAGUAGCUACAGGUAUCUAGGCUUUUCUUCCUUUCUUCUUCUUAGCCCUUGAAACUUUACUCCUUUCUUGCAGGUAUCUACAGACUCCAGUUACUGCUUUAUGCGUUAUUUCCUCCCAAUCUUCAUGCAUGCCAUUGGCAUUUGUGGAAGCCUCAGAUAUGUCCAGUUUCUGGGUGUGCUAGUUUAGAUGGGCUUAAUGGAGACCUACACUGAAUUUGUGUUUCGUUUCUCUUCCCACCCCCACCCCCUUUUACAGAUGCCCUAGUGGCUAUGGAAAAAGCUAUGAAGCGAGACAAGAUCAUAGUGAACGACCGCCAGCUGGCAUGUGCCAGGAUUGCUUCCCAGGAGGGACAGGACUACUUGAAGGGAAUGGCAGCAGCUGGAAACUAUGCAUGGGUCAAUCGUUCUUCCAUGACUUUCCUCACCAGACAGGUGCGAAGAAAGAGCAUGAACUUGUUCACUUCCGUCUCUUUAAGCCCCAGUGGGAUCUAUUCAGCUGCAUUCUGACUGAUUGACACCUGGGUAACAUUUCUGGAACAAUUAAAUUAUUUUGCUCCAGAAGUUAAUCCAUAUCACUCCACAUUGGUAGGAAGAGGUUGGCUUAACUGGCUUGUGGAUUGGUGGUGCAGUGCCUUGUAAUCUUCCUCAUAAACAGGAUGUAUGAAUGGGGCUGGGCCCCAUUAAUGAGUUUUGGGAGGAAAAUGGACUUUCCCCUUGAACUUUAAACUGCUGAGUUACGUUCAGUAGAGCAAUGUGAGGGCACUGCAGAGAAUAGAUGCUGGAGGUGGGCUUCCACCACUGCCAUCAUGGUAACAGCCAUAAGUUAUGUGUUCAUCAGAUUAUUUGGGCUCUUACCAGCCCUAAAAAAUUUUUUUUGAAUUCAGAGGACUGCUCCUUAUGUCUAUAAUGUUUUCUAGGCUUUUGCUAAAGUCUUCAAUACCACCCCUGAUGAUCUGGAUCUGCAUGUGAUCUAUGAUGUAUCUCACAACAUUGCCAAAGUAGAGCAGCAUGUGGUAGAUGGAAAAGAACGGACCCUGCUGGUGCACCGGAAAGGAACAACCAGAGCUUUCCCUCCUCACCACCCCCUCAUUGCGGUUGAUUACCAGGUACGAAUUUGUGGCCCUUUUCUUUCUUGCCAAUGCCAACAGGUCCUGCAAAUAGUAUAUUUGUUACUCCUCGUGGACUUCCACACCUAACAGCUCAUGUUCCUACAAUUGUGUUGGUGCACCUUUCUACCUUUAUUCCUUUUCAUGCAACAAUACAACCUUCUAGCUGUCAGGACUUAUAUUUCUCAGUGUCUGCUGUACUGCUGUAUUGCAAUCAAAACAUCCCGAUUGCUCAGAUUUUGCCUGUCUCCUGUCUGACAUUUCCUUGAUUCACUAUGGAAGCUUGACCCUGAGUGGAUCAGUAGUGAUCUUCAGUGGAUCCUUGCUGAGCAGCAUAUGCUUACAGCUUGGGGGGAUGUGUCAUAUUGAUUCUGCACCCUUCUUUUGCCUCUGCAGCUGACUGGCCAGCCUGUCCUGAUUGGUGGAACAAUGGGAACUUGUAGCUAUGUCCUUACUGGUACCGAACAAGGCAUGACUGAAACCUUUGGUACCACCUGCCAUGGAGCGGUGAGUAACAAAGCAACUUUCAUCUAGCUUGGGGGUGGGCAGCCUUCCAUCUAGUGGGAUAUAUUUUGUUUAUUACCAGAACCCCAAGUUCCAUCAACUGGAGCCUUGUGCAGAACCCAUAUGCUUCCAAUGAAAUAAUUCCAGCAGGAGAACAAUAGCUGGGAGUCAGGCAGUAGAUUUAGCAAGUAGAUUUCAAACACCCAGUGAUUUACUGGUGGAUCCAGAUUUACUUUGCCCAUCACUGCUCUUACUCAAGUGCUUCCUCGCUUCCCAUUUACCGUAUUUUUCGCUCCAUAAGACGCACUUUUCCCUUCCUAAAAAUGUAUGCAUCCCAGGCUCUGCUCAGUGCUCCCUUUAAAAAGCGUGUGGAGCGUGUGUGCAGCUCUUGGGAGCUUUUCCCCGAGGAGGGAGAAGGGCAGCCCGUCAGUGACUGGCUUCUGGGAUUCAGAAUAUUUUUUUUCUUGUUUUCCUCCUCCAUAAACUAGGUGUGUCUUAUGGUCUGGUGUGUCUUAUAGAGCGAAAAAUACAGUAUGUAUUGCUCAGUGAUAUGCCUGUAGGACUAAGGUGCAGCAUUUGCAAGAAUCCUAUCUAUAAAUGCUGCUUGUUUAAUCUCCAAUAAUUAAAAUGUACAUUGACUUCAUUUGAAUUGCAUAGGACAUUUUCUUUCUCUAACUGAAGAUGGUAACAGCAAGGGUAUGAAAAUAAAAUCACUUCAUGUGUGACCACCUUUUCAGCAUCCAAGUUCCUCAUACCUUUAAAUAGAUGUGCAUAUGUGUGAACUGUGGUUAAUGCAGUUUUCAGACCACGGAAAGGCCUGUUCUCAUGUUGCAACCCUCUGGAUCUCUUCUGAAGGAGGCACACAAAGAUAUGCAGGCCUAAAAGUUGUUAGGCUUGUUGCAUUCAUUGGCACAAAAUGGCCAGGGACCUAUUUAGCUGACACUUUCUGGAUGCCUGUUGUCAGUGUCUUAUUUUCCCUGAAGGGUAUAUGGCAGUAACUGAAACAGUGAUUGUCGUUUUUAGGGCCGUGCAUUGUCACGUGCAAAAUCUCGGCGCAACUUGGAUUUCCAGGAUGUAUUGGACAAGCUGGCGGACAUGGGGAUUGCAAUCCGGGUUGCAUCCCCCAAACUGGUUAUGGAAGAAGUAAGUGAUUUAUAAACUUCUUUGUGGGAAUUUACUUCUGGGGUGAGCUUCCUCUCCUGGUGAAGUAUUAAUGUCUGCCAGCAACAAGGGGACACAACACUUCAUUGGACUCUGCCAUUCCAGGAACCUUAAACCUCUUCCAGGCUAAAAUGGUUUCCUCUUCUCUCCCCUUCCCUCAUUUGGGAACAUCCAGUGUCCCAUGUCAUUGUUCAGAACAUUCCUUUUGUAUCACUAAUAGAGUCUGAAAGGCAAGCGAAUGUUGUACAUUUCAUUUCAGUUAUUUCUUCUGAUGCCCAAAAAAACAGUUUUUUCCCUAAACAUUGAUGGAAGCUUGUUGAAAAUUAUUGUUAUUACUACUAGUACUACUACUACAUUUCUAUACCACCCUUCAUCAGACAAUCACAGGGUGGUUUACAGUACACCUGUUCAAAAGGACUUAAUAUAGUCUUUCAUAAACAAUAAUGGGGGGGAAUAGGUGCUUGCCUUGUGUAAGUUCUCCUGUCUUUUUAAGUUUGGUAAUAUGGGAUCUGAUGAAAGCCCCCCCCCCCUUUUUUUUUGAGGGAGCUACUAUAGGAGGAGGAAGAGCCUUUUCAGUGGUAGCACCAAUCUUGCUUAAUUAUUCUUUAAGAACCUCCCCUUAACCCAAGUCUUGAGAAAUCAAAGGAAGGCAUUACUCUUUUAAGCACGCAUUUUGGAGAGUUUAUCUGAGAUUACUGGCCUUAUAUCAAGGAAAGCCUAAGUGAUUUUGCUUAGAUGAUUUUUGAAAUUAAAUCACAUAGUUAAAAUGAUUUUUAUUCUAACAUUAUAUUAAUCUUAUGAAUGUAUGCAUGUAUUGAGAGCCUCAUGUAUUACAAGCUGCCUGGUAGCUUUUUGAAUGAUGUGGAAUAGAAAUUGAUAGUUUUUAAAUUAUUAUUAUUAUUAUUAUUAAUAAUAAUAAUAAUAAUAAUAAUAUUAACAAAAAAAGACCUCAAAAUAUAUUCUUAACUCUCCUUUUACAUCUCAUUUAUCUCAGGCACCUGAAUCUUACAAGAAUGUGACGGAUGUGGUUAACACCUGCCAUGCAGCUGGCAUCAGCAAGAAAGCUAUUAAACUGAGACCCAUAGCAGUGAUCAAAGGCUAAGGAAGUCUUUCCCUGAACUGGCCACCACUGUUCUUGCUGAAGACCUUUUCCCACCAGAGUGCUUGAAGGUUGUUUCCAUCUAGAAUACAAACUGACACAGACUCUAUGUUAGAACUCAUUAAAGUAAGUUUGUGCCUGGGGGUGAGGGGCUCUCUUUGCUAAGAGGAGCUAAAUCAAGACACAUAGCCCUUCGUUUCUAGAGUGGUAUUUAAAAUUGGGUGAAUUUCUUUUAGCAGAAUCUAAAAGCAACCUUGUUCAGAAGAUUCUUCGCUCUUAAUAAAUUAUAUGUGCCCUUCAUGGUGAGAUUCUGACCAAUGUUGAUUUGAUAGCCACCAAUUUGCAAGGAGGCUUUCUCUGGUGUAGACCAAGUACAAAUGCUACUGUUUUCACUUUGUUGUUUUUGUAUUUUUCUCCUGACAUGAGUUGUUUGAUCUCCUUUAUAAUGUACCAAUCUGUACUAUUGGAGAUAGAAAGGGAAUCUUUUUUUGCACUGUGAGUUGCAAUAAAGCCUGAACAAUAUCAUUCAUCUAUGUGGCAUGACUACUGUCACAAGUACUCUACUUUAAAAGUCUAUGAUCAGAUAGUUGCUCCCAUAAGUGCACUAGCAUAGCGGUUCUGUUGAAUGAGGGGUGGUAAGUUUGCACAAGCUGUGUUGCCCACGAUUCACUUGGUGCAGCAGGUUCUCUAUGUAUGUAUGUUUCCUGGAAUCCCUGAUUACAGCUCAGCUGGAAAACUUUGUUAGAGAAAAGUUGGUAUUCCUUGAAGAGAUGCCAACUUUCCCUUGAUGUCCCUCAUGAAUCAGGGCAUCCAGAUGCUAUAGAAGCUGUAAUUGCUUUGGCAUGGACAGAUUGUGUCCUAGCACUAGAGAAAUGAGAAACAUAAGCUGAGCAACCAUUUGAGGUACGUAAGUCCUGUCUUCCACUGCACCUGGUCAUUCAAAAGGUAAGGAACACUGCCUCUUAAAGCAGCGGUCUUGCUGCUUUUCAGUGAGUAAAGCUUUAGAUUACUCUUUAAAACUGCAAAGGAGCAUGUCAGUUAGCUGUGCGCAUAAAAUGCAAAGCCAAACCACUUGCCACAAAAAUGUGGGUUCCCAGAGAGGAGAUUGAAGCCACUUCACUCCUUCCUCCAAGUCCUGCUGCUGUGAGCUAAACCUGGGCAUGGCUUAGUGUUGUUUGUACACAAGCUUGUGGUUUGUCUCGCUUCACAUAAACAACAGUCUGUAACCGGGGUUCAUAGCUCAUGGAUUGUCUAAAGGAGACAAAGCACGAUCCUAGGUUCAGGUGACAUGCUAAGCCAAACCAUGGUUUAGCUCACAGCAGGAGUAAAGACAUAGUGUUGGCAGUCUCCUCACAGGUUCUCACCAUGGUUUGACUUUGAUUUAUGUGUGAACUGGCUCACUAUGUAGAAGGGGGAAUUGUUCACUCCUCAUCUCAUGGGCUCCUGUUCGCACAUGCACAUUGCAGAUGGGUGGGGAAGCAGCAAAGUUACCUCUGUUUAGGUACAGAUUAGGAUGAUUUCAGCAGGACCAGCAUAGGUUAUUUUCCCCCUUCUGGUGCUGCUGUUUUCUGUUUACAUUAAAGUGCUCCUAUACUGGAUGGUUAGAUUUUGAAAACACUAUUGCCAUCCUCUCAUGAAGUAACAGUGAUGGCUGCUCUAUUCCACAAUAAGCAUGAUUUGCAAAGUCAUUGUUUGAAUUUUAUUGACAUUCUGGAAGUGAUUUUCUAGAGAGGUCUCAAAACUGACAAAUAAACAGAGAAUGCAAGAAAGUCAC